GUCCAAUUUUUGCCUUUUUUCAAGUUUUAUGCAAUGAUAUUAAUCUCAGGUUAUUGAUUAAUCAAACGAAAGUACUUUACAUACAACUCCAAGAGGUUUUAAUACAAUUCAUGUCCGGAGUAGAAAUCUAAAUACUUUGCCAUAGAGGUGAUGAUCAUAUGAGCGAAAUACAACAAAGACCAAAUUUUGACCAGACGCAAACCAACUUGAGACGCGAAUAAACAACGCUAAUGUUUAUAAUAAAACACAAUUAAAUGUCUUAAAUAGAAGAUUAAAUACCAGACUUACCCACACUAUGGUUUGAACCGAGCAGAAUUCCCCCGCAUUUGAACAAUCGCGGUGUUUGAAUGAAGCAAAUGCAAAAAUAAUUAGGAAAGGAAAUAUAUAAAAGCUCUACAUGUCAUGUUGUCCAUAUUAUUCCAUAUAUGGGCAUACGCUCCUUAUUUGGUGUCCCCCCGGCUGGACUUUAAACUGAUGGCACUUCCUUCCUUUACGAUUAAAUUUCAAAAUGUCUGGUCCGAGUUGAAUGAAACAAUAUCGUUUUAUAAGAAUUUAAUGACUUUAUAGAUCUUAGCUUUACAUCAAAAGAAAAAUCAUGUCUCUUGAGGAUCCAUUCUUUGUUGUGAAAGGGUAAGUUCUGCGAUUUGAGCUUAAAAAGCGGCUGAUUUAUGCGAUUUAUUUGAGCAUUUUUGAAAUGUGUGCGUUUGUUGUGAUUCGUAUCAUGGUCGCAUAAAAUGUAAUCUUAGCCAGUUUUCAUUGCGUGACUGCCAAUAUUUUUAUCGUGUUAUAGUAUCACUGUGUGAGACAUUCACUAGCACGCAAAUUCGGCGUUUAAAUCUGGUAUAAAACUUUGUUUUGAGAUAUAAAACCAUGCCAAUCAAUCUUGUCUCAAUCACUAUAGACUCGCAAUAUAUUCCCAAUAUUAGAAAGUCGACACCUUGCAAAUCUAUUCGGUAAAAUAAUACCAAGGUCCAAGGACAUUGGGAAAAGGCCAAAAAUGGGUUUGAUAAAGCUAGUGGAAUAUGAUAUAUUUAUUUUUUUAUAUAGAUGACUUUCUAAACAAAUUGUUUUGUGGUGUUUUUCUGUGCUAUGUAGUAUGUAAUAAGUAUUUUUGCUAUGUCAACAUGAUUUUCUGAAGUGUUUGAUAAAUUUUGUGUCGUGAAAGGGGGCAAAGGGCAGCAGUCUUUGUUUACUUUAAAAUUUUACUUGCAGUAGAUUUAUUUAGCAGUAAUCAGAGUUUUAAAUUUAUGUAAAAAAAUAAAACUAUUUAAAAACAAAGAUUUAUUUAAUUAAGUAGAUACAUAUUAAGUGUAGAUAUUAUCUUUUAAUAAUUAUUUUUCACUGUAAACAAAUAGUAGUUACAAGAUGAGUUUAACAAAUAAUAAACAAAAAAACAAAGUCGUUUUGUUACAUGUUUGCAUCUAAUUGUGACAUUAAUGUUUGUAAUAUUUGAAUAGAAGUUACUACAAAUAAUUAAUAACAUUGUUGCUCCCAGUAACAAAUUGACAUAAGCAUAUUGCACAUCGAUAUAUAUAAUGCGAAACAUGCAUUUCAAGACUGCUACCUAUAUUGAGAACAUUGCUGUAAAAAAUUAUGCUUGUUUUAAAAGUAUCCUAUCAUUCUUAACACUGAAACGAUUUGUUGAAAUAAACCUUUUUCUAAAACUAAUGUAUUCCCUCUUUCCAUUCCCUCUUUGCAUCCCCUCUUUGCAUUCCCUAUUAUUAUGGAUUGAAAGCCCUUGAAAGGUCUUCAAAUAUUUGGAAUUUUUAUUAUCUAUCAAUUGAAAAUAUUACCAAAAGGGCUCUUUGGGCGGCCUUUUAAAUGUCUCCAAUUUCUGUUUCAACCGGAUGAGAGUCAAUGGACUCAAUACCUCCUGAACUGGCACAAUAACUAUAAUUACAAGUUGCCCCAACCUGCCUCUAACCUCCUGAUGGACCUUUGCGGCUUUGCUACAUCCUUAUAGCCGAAUGUAGGUUUUCUAUCACUAGCCCAUGUUCAAGAACAUGUACUACCCUAGUAUGUAUGAAUUAACCAUGCUUACAGCAGUGAAUUCUGUACAAGAUAAGAUCACUUUAAUUAUUAAGUCCACAUUCAAGAACAUGUACUACCUCUGCAUGAUUUAAAUUAACCUUGUUUAACUCAGCAGUGAGUUGUGUAUCACAUCAGAUCACAUUAAUUUUUUUAACAUGAUGAAACAUUGUUUACUUAUUAUCAGCUUUCUUUCAAAUUUAAAUUAUGGAAUGUGUAAAAUUGGUUUGCCGUCUUGAAAAUUCACUCACAUGUCUCAGACAGUGUGUCUCCAUGUUAACUGUUGGACACCGUGUGUCAUGGUAAUUAAGCUUUGCUUAAUGCUAGGAGUUUUGUUUGAAAUCUAAGCUUAAUUCACCAUCAGAUAAACAUCAGAUAUAAUUGCAAACAUAUUUCUGACAUGGUGGCAAUGAGCAGCAAUUUUUUUAUACUGAAAUUUUUUAAUUGAAGUCUAAAAUUACUGAAACAGCUGAUUUCUGCUGUUUGGAAACAACAAUGACAUUGUGUUUGUCAUUACAUUGCACAACAACAAAUGUGUUUACACAUUUUGCAAAGAGGCUGUUAUUUUCAAUAGCUGACGGCUUUUACAAAACAGUUUAAUAAAGAGAAGAAACCUGUAUUAUCUUACCUGUCUUAGAGAUAUUAAACAAGAUAAAACAGUGUGUUGCAUUUCACUGUUAAAAUAGUAUGGGAAGCAGGCUAGUCUCUCUGGCACCAAGAACCAAGUGUUUGGUUGAAUGAACUUUAUUUAUACUUGAUAGUUCUAUCAGUUCUAAACUGUUCGAGAUUUCUGGAGGUCCAGUAGGAAUGAUCUCUUAUUGAUCCAGUGUUACAACAGCUGGAAACAGAUUGGAAGAACAAAAUUAUAAUGAAAUAACUGCAUAUUGGUGGAAUGAAACCAUUAUACCGAUUUUCUGGGAAGUGGAGAGGGUGAGGGGUGCACCCCCUCAGAGAGUUUUCCACUAAACCAAGGGAAAUUGGCACCCCCCAGAAAUUUAAAAUUGAAAUGAAGAUUUUGAACUAAGUAAGACUAAAGGUCUCAACAUUUUCCAAGGCUUUGCCCAUCUCUCCCCACCCUGUGCCCUGGCAGCACCCCAAGACAUCUGCUGCAGCUUGCCCCCUUGUUCACCCCCCACCCCCAAAUUUUAGGCAACUCUGCAGAGCAAAAUCCGUGUAUGCAAAAAAAGCCACUCGAUUGUCUUGUUUCUCAACCAAAUGAGACGAGCAGCUGUUUUCAAACGGGCUUCGCUUGAAACGUCAAAGUUCUCCUUAUAUAUUUUAGCACAGUUUGUUAUAUAUGUUAGUUGUAUCCCUAUUAAUCCGAAGCUUUCUUUUGCCAUCUCUACAUGCAUUGUAAUAUUCCUUCUACAUUCCAUUAUGUGUUUAUUUUAAAACAGAGAGGUGCAGAAAUCUAUGAACAAUGUGAGUGAUGUUCAUGAAAAAUGGAAGUCCUUACUAAACAACCCAGCCACGGUCGGACGAGAAGAGUACAACCUGACGACAAGCGAGUUACGCAACAGUAUCCGAAGUAUCGAGUGGGAUUUAGAAGACCUAGAAGAGACGAUACAAAUUGUCGAAGGAAACCAGAGGAAGUUUAAUCUUAGCCCAGACGAAAUAGAAAGUAGAAAGAACUUUGUCAAACAAACAAAACAACAUUUAAAUGAAAUUAAAGCUUCAGUUAAUAGCCCUGCUGCCCAAGCUAAACUGCAAUCAUCAAAUAGACAGGUGAGGAUUUUGUAAAUUAUUAAAAAUAUUUUCAUAACCAUCAGUCAUGGUUGAACACCGCAGUGGAUGCAAGUACAGUUGGCAUACCUGUGUUUUCACACCUAUGUCUUCAAACAGCUUUGAUACAAAGAGGGUUCUGAAAGUCAAUAGCAUGCCUGUGCCGAAUAGGAAACAUAAUUCAGAGCUUAACGGCUUGAGAUUCGAUAAAUAAAAUUUGGUAACAGAACAGGAAAAUAGUCAAACCACACAAAGUGUGAAAAUACAAUGCUAUAGAAAAGAGAUAUCUAUUAAAUCGGUAAAUAUUGCAAAAAGAUAUUGGGGAAAAUUGAAGUUUUCUACUGUACUAGCAUGCACAUUAGACCUGAUCCAGGCGUGCAGUUAGCUCCAGUCACUUGCAGGUAACACGAUUACCUCCGACUCCAACAUCUGACACCCAUGGUCAAUAGGGUUCUGGGGUAGGUUAUAGAGUAAUUCCCAUUCAUUUCAAUGGAAAUUCCCGAAUCUCAUGCCCAAAUUUUCCUGCAGGUUUCCAAUGGGCUUCUCUCAUCUUAUAUUUCAACUUGUUGAAAUCCUUAAUCCGAAUUUUUUUCCCUUUCACCCCAUUUCCCCCUUUACCAAAAAAAUGUCACAAACCUGUUGUAUGCCCUCGUUAAAUCCCGUUUAUUUCCAGGCGCUGGUUGGUUCGAGCGGUAGAUCAAGCACAAACAAAUAUUCCCGCCUUGAUCAAGACAUUGAAAGAUCUAACCAAGAUUUUAUUGAAGAUCAACAACAACAACAACAGGUACCAUUGCGAUAUACGCUGCCAUGGUUUGUGUCUCAACUCCAGGAAAAUAUAAACGUAAUAUAAUUUUUCAUAUUUUUCUGUAGCUAAUAAUGGAUUCACAAGAUGAUCAGAUUCAGUUGGUUGGUCACAGUGUGGGUGUUUUAAAAACGAUGAGUCAACGAAUUGGAGACGAACUUGACGAACAGAAUGUGUAAGAUAUCACGAGAUAUUGUUCAGGAUUGUCUUGUUAUUAUCCUGAGUAAAAAACCUCAGAUUCCCCGGGGAACUACGGUUUCCUCUUGUAGUGAACAAGGAGCAAUAAGGGACGACCCUUCUUACUAACCUUACUGGACCUCUAGCUAGAACAACUUUCUAGAAGUGAUAGAGCUAUCCAGUAUAGAUAAGGUUAGUUUCAAUCGUUCAGGGCAUAUGUCGAUCUGGUCUGAUCCAGGGACCUCAUUUUUCGCCGCAUGCGCCAAAAAUCGUAAAUUAAAAUACGCCUUGUUUCGGAAAAAUUACAUCACAUUUCAUCAUUUUCUCCCACACACCCUCACUUUAAAACAUGCUCCGUGGUUCCUGUGACUGAACCCCAGCUUCAUUCCAGUCAGUUAAAGCCCCGUUUACACUACGCUCAAUUUUUGGUACGGCACGGAUAAAAUUGGUACCCGUGCCACUUUUUUGGUUCUUUGGUUCUCUAUUUAGGUAGUCCAAGAACCAAAAAGUGGUAUGGUACCAAAAAUUGAGAGUAGUGUGACGGGGCUCUAGCAACGCUACCUUCAGAUAAACUGGGGGUCAAACCCGCGUGUUUUUAUCACGAUUAACCACUGUGAUUGACUGAUUGAGCGUUCUUCACAUGCGUGGAAACACUGGGCCUUCAAGUUUGGCUUCAGAUUUUCUGUCGGAGCUAGCGUUCCAGUUACAUCAACCUUUUAAUUUUUUCUCUGAUUUCACAGUUUACUCGACGACCUGGGGCACGAGGUGGAUAUGACGGAUUCACGUCUACAACAAACUUUACAGAAAAUAGAGAAAGUUUUAAAACUUUCUGAUGGUAAGAAACUUGUUCUGUUUUCUGGAAUGACACGACUUCAAGAAGAAGUUAUAACGUGUUUAGGACAAUGCUAACCUUUGCUGUUUUAUUCGUUCGUUUUCUAGACAAGAAACAGACGUAUGUUCUCAUUGGACUGAUCGUAAUUCUCGUUGUCAUAGUGGUGUUAUUUAUUGCUCUAUAACAUUAUACAUUAACAUCGCGCCAGGACUGAUGUCGUGGAAGAAAAUUUUGGAUGACAAACUUUGUGUUCGAUAACAUUGAGCAAGGGAAGACAAUGUCUUCUGGGAGAUUAUAAGGGAAAAUUGUGAUGGUCGAGUGUCAAGAUAGUUAUAGCGCGUUGGUCCUUGCUGAAGACAGUGAAAUUUGCAGGCUGGAAAAUACAUAUUUCAUUGGUCAUUUGUUCGUUCAUUCGUACCCAAUCUCGUAGCCAGAUUCAUCGGAUUUGUUGGCUCUGGCUACGAGAUUGACUCGUUCCCAGGCACCUUUCCUCACGCUUGGUCAUCUUCGUUCCCAGGGCGUCACGGCUGUAUGCGUUGCAUCCCGGGAACGACGAUACAUCUUGGUCAGAACAACGUGACAUAUAUGUGUUGAGGUUUGAAACACACUGGGUGUCUGGCUGAAAAUACAUUAUACGUAAUAUGGUAUAGAAAUUUAUAACGACAUCAAUAGAUAACUUGCAUGUUAGACUAAUUUUUGAUUUAGGCAAAAAAACUAAAUUCCCGUAAAAAACUUAUUAAAAUCAGUAAAAUUGCAAAAUUUGGUUGCGAAAUGUUGUAAAAUACAGAAAAUAUAGCCUUGCGAAGUUUGCAUAUUUUCAGUAUGUUUGUAUGACGUGCGGAAAUUGUUACCAUUUUCAUGAUGUUCUGUUUGAUUCCCUUCUUUUUACUUAGAUUAAAAUUUAGUCUAACAUGCAAGUUGUCCAUUGUCAAAGAUAUUUUAUUAUAGAAGGAUAUCUACGUGCAUUUGUUAUGGAAAUAAUAAAAUUGUAAAAAUAUCUAUGUUUGCGUCUUGUAAAAUAUGUUCCGAGAUGUUCAACAACAAAACCUGCCUCGUAUCCUGGCGCUAUGUGUUGUUCUGUGGCUUGCGUGGUCUUUGCGUGGGCCGCGUGCAAGAACUAAACUUAGCUUGUACUGGCUACGACUUUCGUGACCAAUUAGCCGUUCCGAAGUUGAUGAGAGGACUGG